UCUCUUAUAUUUAGUUAUUUAACUUUAAGCCAUUUCUUUAGGACUAUAAAUUGAGAUCAGACAGCACUAAACAAAACCACCACCAAGUACCUAGGUAUACAUAAUUCUAGUUCAGUUUUUUUUUACUCCUUUCUUAGUGAACCAUAUUUUCAAACAUGGUGACACCAGAAAAGAGCCUUUCAACAGCUUUAAAUGCCAGAACCAUAGGCUCAGGCAAUGAGACCAUAGUUUUGUGUCACGGGUUUGGAACAGACCAGUCAAUUUGGGACAAAAUCAUUCCUCUUUUGGCUGAAAACUACACUCUAGUUCUCUUUGAUUGGCCCUUUUCUGGGGCUGUCACAGAUAAGAGCCUUUAUGACCAUGCCAAGUACACAUCCUUCGAACCUUAUGCUGAUGAUUUAAUCACUAUCAUAGAUGAGAUGGACCUCAAAUGUGUCACUUUUGUUGGACAUUCCAUGUCUGCUAUGAUCGGUUGCAUUGCCUCAACUAAAAAGCCUGAGCUCUUUAAGAGACUUAUUCUUGUUACUGCUUCACCAAGGUAUAUAAACACAGAUGACUACGAAGGUGGCUUUGAGAGUUCAGAUAUUGAGCAACUAGUCUCAACCAUAGAGUCGCAAUACGAAAAUUGGAUCUCAAUCUAUGCUCCUAUUGCAGUUGAUCCAAAUGAUGUUGCCUCUGUUGACAAAUUCCACAACUGCUUGAAAAGUAUGGGUGCUGAAGUUGCAAUUUCCUUAGCCAAAACUGUGUUUUACAGUGAUUACAGAGACAUGCUUGAAAAGGUUCAAAUACCCUGCACUAUCAUCCAAUCAAGCAAUGAUAUGGCUGUUCCACUUAACAUAGGGCACUACUUGGAGGAGAAAAUUAAAGGGGUGUCCACUUUGGAGAUCAUAGACAUGAUUGGUCAUUUCCCUCAUCUAACUGCACACCUUAAGCUAGUUGAGGUGUUGAAGGGUGUUUUGAGAUGAGUUAAUUUGGCAUGUAAGUCAUCUUUAAUUGUCAAUUCUAUCUCCUUGUGUCAAGUGUUACAUUGUGAAAUUUGUGUAAUAGUAAAAGAAGCAGAUAGAUGCUGAAGAAAUAGAAUAUGGUAUUAAUUACGAUUUGUGUGGAAGUGUGUAUUCUAUUGUAAACUGACUGGCAAAGUGGAUUGUUGAAGCCAUAAUAUUGUUGGUAUUAUCCUUUUUGCGUGAACUAAAAUUUUAAGUAUCACAUCCUUAUGAUGUUGGCCUUU